AUGCCAAGCACGAGCCUUCCAGUAGACAAGAAAGACUCGUCCUCUGCGCGUCGGCUUAGCCUUCCAAGACGAACGACGCCCGAUUCGAAAAAGUCGCCUGCCAAAGAAUCGCCCGUCAACCUUCCGAGCCCCCGCCAUGGACUGACACUCGAUUCUUUAAAGACUGGUAGACAUGCGCGAGCCGCAAUGGCGGAUGUGUCCAAGGAGCAGUCUUCAAAGUCGCCCAGCGACCGCUCCAGGGCGCAAACCGAGCCCUUCGUCACCAAGGCUACGAGUCCUGGCGGUGCUGGUGCGGAUACUAACCUGAAGCGCAGCGCGGGUGUGUCCAGGGCUAGUGAUGACGUUGCUGGUGGCAUGGGCGGCAAGGAACCAAAAAGUAAAACUGAGUAUGCUGCAGGGACCGACGACGAGACGCCACCGGCCCUUUCUGAAUCCCAGAUACAACUAAAUCGAUACCGAGAGCGAUUGGCACGAGACUUGGAGAAGCGCGAGAUGGCGACGAGAGGCUUAAUGGCGACAACCCCCGACAAGGUGCGCGUCUCACCAAUCCAGGAGGAAAGUGGCAACUCGCCGCGCACACAGGCUGGAAUCGCGGGCUUGGCAACGACAUCGUCCAAUCUAACCACAACGUCAACGGAGUCCGGCAACACCAUUCGUGGCGGCAUGACGCCCGGUCAUAUCGCGGGAACUCCUUCUUACCCCUUCCCGCGCAUGUAUACGCCGGGGUACGGCCCGGGCGCGAUGAAUCGACCAUUCGGGAACAUGUCCCCAACUGCAGCCGCUUUCAUGGCGCAGGGUAUGUCGUUCGAGGGUUUCGGCGCCGCUCAAGAUAGGGUCAUGUCCGGCUCAUCAACACCAGCAUCGGCCCUAACCUUUCUCCCCGCCGGAGCCACUGGCCAACUGGAGGGCGAUUUCCCAAGCCCAAACCUCUAUGAUCUGUCGCUGAUGCUCAAUGCCGAGCCGGGAAUGGAUGCGUGGUGGAACACCGUCGUUCAAAUCAUGAGAGACGUCUACAAAGCCGAGAGAGUGACACUUGCUGUGCCGGCUGACACCACCGAUAUCGAGAACGUGCCCUGGGGUCAGAAAGCAACGUACAACGAGCACCAGGAGGACGACCUCAGCCUCGGAUACAUGGCAAGGGGAAGCAGUUUGAUACCCAGUAGCGCCGGCGACAUUGGCUCGGAAGAGCCUCCUUUACCCGAAGAUGCGGCACGACCCAGGAUGUUGUCUCGACCCAGUCUCCAAACUCGGCACUCAUUCACGACGUAUGAGGAGAAUAGGGAACGAAAAGGAAACAGCAAUGAGAGGCUCUUGCCCUCACGCCGACCUGCGCAACUGGGCAGAAGCAAAAGCUACUUCCCGCCUGGCCAGGCGACCGAGGACAUGGCCCAAGAGCCACUUGGGCCAGCUUUGAACCAAUCUGCACUCGCUGAGCAUGACGCUGAAGAGCAGAACGUACCGAGCUGGGAGGCUCCAACUGGCGCUCAAUCCGACACAGAGGGUAGAGUGCUUCCUGUGCUUCAAGCUCUGGAUUACGAGGCUGAUCCUCUCAUCGACCACGGCGGUGUCAUGCGUGUUCUUGAACGAGGCAAGGUCAUCGCACUGACAAGAAGUUACCCCUAUCUUCAGAACUUGCCAGAGGAGACGCCAGCCAAGUCAAGAGUAACAGCAAACACGACCUCGGCUGAGGCAGCGAGGAAAAAGCUGAAGAGGGGCCGAAUCGAGUCUACACAAAAGCUUUCGACGAUUUUGAGUGGUUCAAGUUCCUCCUGGAGCUCUAGCCGUAGUCACAGUGGUGACAAGCCAUCCAGCAUAAUUUCGCGACUUUCCGAGGACGAGCCACGCCCACUCACCCCCAAAUACGAGGAGUUUGAACAGGCACCGCCAUCGCCUUGGUCCCAGUCCCCGGCGCCGUCUCCAGCCGUGCGGGCAGAUCCGAACGAGAACCCCUUCUUCACUGAUGCCAUGGUCGAUGAGGACUCUUUCAACCCCGAGUCUGCACCUGCAGACUACGCAGGAAUGCGACCUCCUGAAGCUAUUGGCGUGGAUAACGCAUGGACAGUCCUUCACAUUCCGUUGACACAUCUACUGCUUUCAAAGCCUGUCCAUCCCUUCAAGCUUGACACAACCAUCCUGGAGCAAAAAUCUCACUCUCGCAGCCGCAGUGAAGCCCAGGACGCUACUGGCGGCGAUGAUGAUGACGAUGCUACCUCAUCCCCAUGGCAGCGCAAAGAUAAGCCCGCGCCUAUUGCUAUUCUGUCGAUUCUCAGUCCCGUCAUCCCAUAUCCAUCAAACCUUCGCCAUUCACUAGAGUAUCUUGCCCCGCACCUAGCAACCUCCUUUUCUCUAUGUCGUCAUUAUACGAAUUUGGAGACAGAGCUUGCUGGUCUCAACCGGCGCAGGCCUCACACUGCCGGGUUCGGCGCGCUUGCUGCCGACGGGCGUCCCCUAGCAGACCCUGCCAGCAUCGGCAAUCUAAGCUUUAUGGCCUCUGAUGAUAUGGCGGCCCAACGUUCGCUCGCGGGCAGCAUUACCAGUCCCAGCGAUUACUCAGGUGUCUCCAAGAGUGCUGCUGGCUCCCCACUUGGCACGCCUGGUUCCAUGCAUCAUGCCAUUGACAAGUCUGGAUUUGCGACCAGUCCUGCGCAAGUUGGGGGAGACAGCUACUUUGGCACCAAGCUGAAGCCGGGCAACUCGAGGGUUGAGAUGGCUUCUGCGACUUCUCAGAGGACAAGAAGAAGUUCAAAGGAAGAUUCGCCACUGGACAAGCGCCAAGCUCGUCUCUCCGCUUCAUACAAGCCUCUUAACACGGAGCCUGCUCAGACGCCUGGGGAGAGUGAAGACCUGGUCGAGCUCAACGUCGAAAGCCGAGUAUCGACGCCGGGAGGUUCCAAGAGAGUGCUCUCCCACGAACUCAAGAAUUAUCUCGACGAAAUCGCUGUGCUCGAACCUCGACUCAAGUCAGCUGACCAGAGAAGUUCUGUCGGCAGUCAUCACACUCUCUUGCAUUCCUACGGUGCCGACUUUGCGACGAGCUUCCAAUCGCUACCACCUAGCUCAAGUGUGGUCAGUAGACCGGUACCCCACACUGCUCCGACUCGAACAGGCUCCAUAAAUGUUGGCCCAGUAGACAUGCCACCGCCAUCAGAUCGUCUCAAGGGUCUCAUACUAGACUCUUUGCCUGCUCACGUCUUUGUCUCGCUGCCGCAGUCAGGCGAAAUCGUCUGGGUCAAUAGUCGCUACCUUACCUACCGCGGUCAGACAGUCUCUGAUCUGGCUGCCGAUCCUUGGGGCAGCAUUCACCCAGACGACAGAGAUGAAUAUCUGAAGGCAUGGAGCCAUUCCUUACGCACUGGUGAACAGUUCUCGAGGACUGUUCGCAUCAAACGCUUUGAUGGGGCCUACCGAUGGUUCUAUGCUCGUGCUGUUGCGUCCCGCGAUAAACGUGGAGUCAUGAUGCAAUUCCUCGGCUCCUACAUGGAUAUCCAUGACCAACAUAUUGCGGAACUUAAGGCUGCACGGCAAGAGGAGAUUGAGGCCUCAGAGGCAAAGCACAGACUUCUGGCCAAUCUCAUCCCUCAAAUCAUAUUCACUGCAACUGAAGACGAAGGUAUUACUUUUGCCAACGAGCAAUGGCUGUCGUACACGGGACAGAGUUUCGAAGACUGCCUCGGCCUGGGGUUCAUGGACUUUGUGCAUCCUGAUGACCUGGCCAAAUGCCACAUACCCACAGACAGACCACCAACGCCGAUGCCCUUUAAGUUCGAUCGUACAGGGCACCAAGACCCAGCGUCAUCUGAGGCGACGUUGGCCAGCUUUGUAUCAGGCAAAACGCAAAGCCAGAUGGAAACCAACCUUCGAGGCAUCCACCAAGCCUUGUCACGGAAUAACAGCUCGAGCAGUAGCUCGGUCUACGAGAUGCCCACCGCUGAUUUGACGGCUUUGGCCAGGCAGGGUAUUAUCAAAGUGACAACCGACAGCAACGGCAGACUAUCAUACACGACCGAGGUGCGGUUACGAUCCAAGAAUGGAGAGUACAGAUGGCACCUAAUCCGGUGCGUCGAGAUCGACAACAUUGACUUUGGAAAUGGAGCCAGCUCCUACUUUGGCUCAGCUACGGACAUCAACGACCACAAACUACUUGAAGCCAAACUCAAGGAGGCUAUGGAGUCUAAGAGUAGAUUCCUGAGCAACAUGUCGCACGAGAUCCGGACGCCACUCAUUGGGAUUUCAGGAAUGGUCAGCUUCCUGCAAGACACCAUUCUCAACGAAGAGCAGCGAGACUACACCAACACCAUUCAGACGAGUGCUAACAGUCUGUUGAUGAUCAUCAAUGACAUUCUGGAUUUGUCGAAGGUCGAUGCCGGAAUGAUGAAGCUCAAAUACGAAUGGUUCCAUACCCGCUCUCUCAUUGAGGAUGUCAAUGAGUUGGUCUCCACCAUGGCUAUUGCUAAAAGGCUAGAGCUGAAUUACAUCGUGGAGGAGGAUGUUCCGGCUUGGGUCAAGGGCGAUAAGGUCCGGAUUCGCCAAGUGCUCCUUAACGUCAUCGGCAAUGCCAUCAAGUUCACUGCCGAGGGAGAGGUCUUCAGUCGAUGCAGGGUUCAUACCAACAAAGAUUCGACCCAGGACCAGCACGAGAUCAUGCUCGAGUUCGCCAUCAUUGACACAGGCCGCGGUUUCUCCAAGGAGGAGGCAGAUCUCAUAUUCAAGCCAUUCAGUCAAAUCGAUGGAAGCAGCACCCGACAGCAUGGCGGAAGUGGUCUGGGACUAGUCAUCUCGAGACAGUUGGUGGAACUGCACGGAGGUAAGAUGGAAGGUAGUGCUGUCCCUGGAAAAGGGUCAACGUUCACCUUCACUGCCAAGUUUGCUUUGCCGACAAAGGAGGAUCAUCCUGAUGCACCCUUGAGUCCUGAGAGCUUGCAACCCACUUCCAAUGUGACUCAAGAUGUGGCUAUUAUCCGCCCUUCAAAGAACUUGCCCUCACCUACGCCCGCAUCAACAGACAGCCCCAAGACUGACACUGAGUUCACGUCGCCUGCUGUUGCUUCUAGCGGAAGUUCAGCUCCAUCGGUCCAGUCUGGCGUCUCUCGGGCUACGGAGCGUACGUCCGUUACGUCCGUGUCCUCGAUCAACGUUGGACUGGUUCACUUCAGCGAAGCAGCAAGAGCAAGUGGCCAAGAUCUGUCGCAGAUGAAGCUCGAGCUACCUUCCAGCGAGUCUUCACCAGGCAAAACGCCUACACCCGAGACCUCCAAACCGACAAAACCUGAAGACUUGAAGCCUCCAAUGUACUCCAUCCUCAUCAUCUGCCCUCAGACUCAUAGUCGUGAAGCCACGGCACAACACAUCGAGAUGACUCUGCCCAAGGAUGUGCCUCAUCAAAUCACAGCACUAGACUCUACCGAAAAGGCGCAGAAGUUGCUUGGGGGAGAGGAGUCUGUCAAUUUCACUCACAUCGUCCUCAACUUGCCGUCUCCAGAGGAGAUUAUCGGCCUCAUGGAGCAGAUUACAAAGUCGACAACCAUCAACAAUACGACAAUCCUCAUUCUAUCAGACUCAGUUCAACGGCAAGCCGUAAUGAGACUUGCGACAGAUACGAAGUAUGAGAAACUUGUGUCAGAAAACAUUGUCACUUUCAUCUACAAACCUGUCAAGCCAUCGAGGUUUGCCGUCAUCUUUGAUCCUGACAAGGUCCGCGAUCUGAGCGUUGAUCGGAACCGCUCAACUGCACAACGUAUGGUUGAAACUCAGAAGGCGAGUUACCAGGAGAUUGGAAAACGUAUGGGCAACAAAGGGUAUAAGGUGCUACUGGUUGAAGACAACCCUGUGAACCAGAAGGUUCUACAGAAGUACUUGAAGAAGGUUGGCGUGGAGGUUGAAGUGGCCGCCGAUGGCGCCGAGUGCACCGAAAUGGUGUUUGAUCACGCCCACAACUACUACUCCUUGAUACUCUGCGACUUGCAUAUGCCACGCAAGGAUGGCUACCAGGCCUGCCGAGAAAUUCGACAAUGGGAGAAAGAGCAAGGGUUCAAGAAGCUUCCCAUCAUUGCGCUUUCGGCCAAUGUCAUGUCCGAUGUUCAGGACAAAUGCGUUGCGGCCGGGUUCAGCGACUACGUCACCAAGCCCGUCGACUUCAUUGAUCUCAGCAGAGCCAUGUCCAGGUUCUUCUGA